AUGCGUCCUCAGAUCUUUCCCUAUUUAUCUUGGAUCAGUGGAGGGGAGAACAUGCCUUCACUAUCCUUGCCAAUGGUAAGUGUUGUGCCUAUAAAAACACAGCAGUGGGCGGCAUUUCAGAUUGUAAAUGCAAGCCAUGCAAAAAAGGCUGCUGCCAGCGCUGUCCCACUGGUUGCCCCAAGUGUAUCCAGAAGUGUAGCUGCAAAGAACACCAGAAAGAUAGGCAGUGUAGCUGCUGCAGAAAAAACAGCCAUAACUAGGUUCACAAACUCAGCACGCGACGUGCGCAAGGGAGAACAAGGCGGGGACCGGGGGUUUGCACUCGCUCCCUGGGCUCGCUCAACUAUAAAACUCCAGCUACCUGCUGCCGCUCACCAACGCCAGGCUCACAGGAAUCAGCUGUACGUCUGUGGCUACUGUCUGCACCGCACCAGCUCUGAACGCCCCGAGCCAUGGAUUCUCGAAACUGCAGCUGCUCUACUGGAGGCUCUUGCAACUGUUCUGGGCAUUGCAAAUGCAAAGAAUGCAAAUGCACUUCCUGCCAGAAAGGAGGCUGCACUACCUGCUGCCCUCCUCAGUGUCCUAAGUGUUCCAAGGAGUGUGCCGCUGGCAAAGGGAAUGACAAGGGAGGCUGCUGCCAUUGAGGAAGCUGCUGGCUUCAUGUAAAUAUAAUCAUCGUUUCCUAGAAGCAUGAGGUGUAUGCACUGCCUGCCACAAAAAAUGUUCUCAUGUGUUUUCAAAUGCCAAUAAAUUCAGUGAACAAAGUAAA